AGGAGCUGUACAAAAAUGCAUGCAAUGUUAAUAAAACUGCCAUUUUAUGUGUUAUUAAUUUCAUUACGAUAUUGAUCUUAGCAUUUUUACAGUACAAGUUAUGACUAUUGAAACUCCAACUUUCAGGUUUUAGCAGGUAAUCUGGCUGAGUUUAUCUGAGCUUGGGAACUAAGCAAGGUUGGGUGUGGUUAUUCAUUGAAUGGCAGAUGAUAAAAUCUUGAAGGGAUUGAGCAAUUGAAUAACAAGCUAGACUAGCAAAUCAGAAAAUGCUUUGGAAGGUGAGAGCAAACCAUUUAUUUGCCUGUUGUUACAAAAAAAAAAACCCUGCCUUGCUUUCCUGCCUUUUGGCAGUUUGUAGAGUGCUUUUUCCCCACAGCAUGUGUGGGAUGGGCUUAGAGGUAUUGAAUAUUCACUAUGAUAUACUAAUGGUAAUUCAGAUCAGAACAAACUUUUUCUGCUACUGGUUUGAGGAGGGCUGCAAGGUCUGACCCAGGAAGUAUGGUAUAGAGAAAGCAAAAGUGUACUGCAUUCUGUAGCUAUCGGAGGAAGAGUUGAAGAGAUGCCUUGGAGGUUUUGUGGCUGUAGCAGAAACUUUCCACCGCACCCGAGAAAACAAGCAAGGGGCGCAGCAAGCGAACCGCAGCUGAUCGGUUCCCGAAGAGUAGCGGCUGCCUGGCAGUCCCCCAGCCUCCUUUGGCUAACUGAACAUUAUGCAAUAACAGCCCCUCCUCCUUGACUUUGAUCGGAUGAAAAACAAAGAGAAAGAAACAUACCAUUCUUCUCCCUCACCCUCCCAGGCGCCCGCAGAAGUGGCAGCUGCACGGCGGGAGCAGGUUCGCCGGUCAGUCCCAGGCGCCUUAGGGGAAGAAAAAGGGGAGGAGGAGGGCUUCUUUCGUGCGCUCUCGGGACUUCUCCGUAAGCCGCCUGUAGGCAAAAGAGUUUGGCUUCGGAAAGAGAAGGAAGGAGGUCGUGCAGGGCCCCGUGGGGAGAAGAGAUACCGCCCUGCGCAGGUCUAGAUCCCAUUUGGGAUCCGUGGCAUCAGUCGGAGGAGAGACAGCUCCGGCCAAACAGGGCGAUGCUGUGCAGUGGUCAUCUACUACUACUCCUGGCAAGUAUUCCUUAUAGCUUUCUGCUGAAAAACUACGAGGAUGAGGAUGAAGAUGAUGACCUGUCAUUGUCAACAUCCCAGCCCCGUGGGGAACCUGCCCAGAAUGUGUCUGGCUGUCCAGCUAAAUGCACAUGUCCAACAGAGGAGACAGUGGAUUGUGGUGGCCUUGACCUGCACAUUUUCCCCAGCAAUAUCUCCACAGACAUCCAGCAUCUUUCAUUGCAGAAUAACCAAUUGCAAGAGCUACCCUACCAUGAACUAUCCCGUCUGAUCAACCUACGAACCCUCAAUCUCCAUGACAAUCUGAUCACUUCUGAUGGUCUCCCGGAUGAAGCCUUUGAGCCACUGCAGUCACUUCAGUACAUCUACCUGGCCAAUAACAAGCUAUCCGUGGCACCACAGUUCCUACCCCACACACUACGCAUUGUGGACCUUGCUGCCAACCGCCUGACGUGGCUCUAUCCACUCACCCUUGGGCAUAAGCCUGGUCUCAGGUCUGUUUAUCUGCACAACAAUUACUUGAACAACACUGGUCUGUCCUUUGAUGCUUUCAAUGGCUCGGAUGCUGUCAGCACCCUGAUCCUUUCCAACAAUCAGCUCACCUAUGUCCCCCAGAAUUUGCCCCGUGGUGUUGUUCGCCUCCAUUUGCAGAAUAAUCACAUUUCUCGUAUCCCUAAAGGGGCCUUGAGCAGCCAGGGGCGCCUCCGGGAGCUUUACCUGCAGAACAAUAAUCUAUCCAGUGAGGUCCUGAGCCGUCCCACCUUCAGCAAGCUGAAGAGCCUUGAAUAUCUGGAUCUUUCCAACAACAACUUGACGGAGGUGCCUGCUGGUCUUCCUGCCAACAUAGUAAUACUACAUUUGGGCCGAAACCGCUUGAAGGGACUACCGCCUGAGCGUCUUAGCCGCGUGCGAGGCCUGCAGUAUCUCCUAUUGCAAAGCAAUGCUUUAACAACUCCAGGGAUACACCCAGAGGCCUUUGCCCACUUGCGCUCCCUGCAUACGCUCCAUUUGUACAAUAAUCAGCUAGAUGGAAUCCCACCUGGACUUCCGCGGCGUGUCCGAUCCUUGAUGCUGUUGCACAACCAGAUUGCACGUGUUGGCUUGAAUGACUUUGCAGCCACGUAUGCUUUGACUGAGCUCAAUCUCAGUUACAAUCGGCUUUAUAGUGCCCACAUCCACCGUCUGGCCUUCCGCAAGCUUAGGCUUCUGGAAACUCUGGAUAUCUCUGGCAAUAGGCUCACGCUUCUCCCUGCUGGGUUGCCCACCAGUCUUCAAGUCCUCAACCUUCAGAAGAACCAACUCAAUGCUCUUUCUCCAGAACGGUUAGUUAACCUCACCAUGCUUAAAGAGCUGCAUCUGGCACACAACCGGCUGAAGAUCAGCAGUAUUUCUCCAGGCACUUGGCAUGAGCUGCAUGGGCUCAAGCUCCUGGAUCUGAGUUUCAAUGAGUUGUCAUAUGUUCCACCAGACCUUCCAGAAUCACUGGAAUAUCUAUACUUGCAACACAAUAGAAUUAUUGUUAUUAUGGCUGAGACUUUCCUCACAACAUCCAACAUACGGGUCAUCUCUCUCAGAGCCAAUCGCUUAUUGGCAGCCAAUGUGUCGGAAGUGGCAUUUGCAGACCUGAAAUUCCUGGAAGUAGUAGACCUGGCAGGCAACCCAGAGCCUAUCAAGACCUCUGUCCUGCAAGCUGGACACCAGGCCCAGACUCAAAUGGGCACCUAGGAAAGCAGCCAGGAAGAGAUUACCAUCCGGAAUUCUCUGCACUACUCUACUUCCUUAGGCCUUUUGAUGUAUCUAACCUACCUGCCAACUUCUGGAAGGGGUUUUGUUGUAUAGUGGCUACUCUUGUGGUUUCUGUCAGCCAAAUACAACAAAGCCAGUGCAAGCAAGCUGCUUUUCUUGGAAGCAAAACCGGAAUGCUGAUUGCCAAUGGGUCUACAUUUGGCUUGGCUAAGCUUUCCAGGAACUAAUGUGACAGUCAUACCCAGAAGAAAUUAAUGCAUCCUCCUGCGCUCAUCUGCAAUAUUGGCAAGGACAUAAAAUAUUCAGUGGAGCACCUCCGCCACAGUUCCUUCUUCUGCAUCACUUCUCAUAUAUAUUUCCAAUCUAAUAGCCCAGCUUGCUGCAGCGAACUAGAAAGUUUCAAAUACCCAGGUUUUCUUCCCCAUGUGUCAAAUCCUAUUUAAUCGUUUUGCAAAGGAGAAGAUGACAGAAAUAACAGCUAGGCUGUUUACUAUCACACAGAAUUACUAAACCAGUGUUUUGAUCUCCCACAUUUAUGAUUGGGGGCAACAUUCAAAAGAACUUCCCUCUGGAACCAGGGAUGGAUUCUACUUGCCUUUACUACCAGUUCAGAAUGGGAGCACACGCAUGCACAGGUUGUACAUUAUGAUGUCCGGGUGGAUGGGCGGAGCCUCCCACCACUUUUACUACCGGUUCGCAAGAACCGGACAGAACCGGGAGCAACCCACCACUGCUCUGGAACAUGCCUCCAGAAAUCAUGGAUGCUCCAUCACUAGAGGUUUUCAAGAAGAAACUGGACUGCCAUUUGUCCAGAAUGGUAUAGGAUUGUCUACCUAAGCAGAAGGUUGGCCUGGAAAACCUCCAAGGUCCCUUCCAACCCUUUUAUUCUAUGUUCUAACUAAGGGUCCAUCAUUACAAGACUAAAGUCAUAAGGCUUGUAUUUUUCUAUGGAAAAUAUAACUUUAAUUGAGAUCAAAGACACCAUGCCUGUGUCAAGGAUGGAACCAUAGAAACUAAAUUAUUUCAAUAUCAAAUGACUUCAU